AUGGACCUCACCGGUCAAAAGGUCAACGAAUCCCCUCUUGAGGCCCAAUCUCGCAAAGAUGCCGAUUUUGAAAGCAUUGAGGCCAAAUUACCGAAACGUUGGAGCAAGACCGAGAUGAGCUUCAUUGACAAAGGCACUAGUCUCUUGGGUUCGAAGAACCCUUUCGGCAAGAAAGCGGACCCUAAGGACAACAUAGUAUGGCUCCUGGACAACAUAGCAUACCGCCCGAUAAAGCCUGGAAAAGAGUCUAUACAGCCUUGGCAAGCCGAAUUUGUUGCCUGCUUCUUCCGUGAAGGCCGUAAGGACCUUACCAAAUAUGUCAGUUCCAUCGCCGACCUGGUCGGAUUGGAUGGUAAGGCUGGCGUUGAUGAUGCGGCCAGAAAGAGAAUCGAAGAACGCAUCAAGCCCUUGAUCAUGGCCAUUGCUCCAGCCCGCACAAUUCAGAUCAAGAUUCCCUGCCCAGGUUCUACCGGAAUCCCUCACAGACGUGUUCUUGGACCGUCAAAUUCCAAUGGGAUCAGCAGCCAGACCUUGCUCACGGGCGGUGCAGAUGAUGCUGACGGAAAGACUGUAACCUGCACGAGCGACAGUGACACCUUCCCCAGCUUGAAAUCCAAUACACGCUUUGUCGGUCCUGAAGGCUGGGGUGUCAUUUCCGAUAUUGAUGACACGAUAAAAGUGACUAUGACUCCCAGUCCGACUGGUAUUCUGCAGUCCACCUUUGCCGACGUUCCUAAAACUACACCAGGAAUGCCGGAUUUCUACAAGGUUCUCGACGAGUCCUUGAAAUCUCCUGCUUGGUUCUAUCUGUCGGCCUCUCCGGACACUGAUCCUCCGAGAUGCCUCAUGGAUGUACUUGGGGGCAUCUUGCAAUCUCUCACUCAAGGGGUGAAAGACUACAAGACUGACCGCAUCGAAAAGAUUCAAUCUUGGCUUCCGAACCGCAAGUUCGUCUGCAUCGGUGACUCAACCCAGUCCGACCCGGAGGCGUACGCUGCCAUGUACGCCAAAUAUCCUGACUGGAUCAAGGCGAUCUACAUUCGGAAAGUUAUCGAAGCCCCCCACAUGGAAGCCAAGAACAAGAACCAAAGGUUCAUCGACGCAUUCAAAGAUGUUCCGGACCAAGUGUGGAGGGUGUUCAUGGACCCGAAAGAGUUGGCAGAUCACAUCAAACAUGUGGCAGGCGUUGCGCAUGCGGGAUUGGAUCCUGGUGACGCGACUCCUGUCGAUGAUCCCAGCAACUUCGGUUCGCCAUUGACUCCAGCCAUUGGCGUCACGGACCACAAGCUGGAUGCCUUGAUCGCACCACGCGACACGGGGUGGUAUCGAUCGCCACAGAAAAGUCCAUGCUCGUGCGACCUGAUGCCGACAUGGGAGCCCUUCGCGUGGCAGCGUUUGCUGUAA